AUGUCGGCCCUUCUAACUGCCGAUUGGUUUCAAUUGGAUUCCUACUAUAGGAAAUUCGACCUCUAUAAUAUGCUAUGGUCCAUGGACGAAGGUCUUGAUAACAUGAUAGUCAGUGGAGCAGCCUAUGGAGGCCCUAUAGCUGUUGUUAGAGACAGAAAACAAUUUGUAAGAGUUGCAACUACUGCAAAGCCUGUAAUAACAAUCUACAAUGGAGUUGGUAACAUAAUAUCUAAGAUUUUGUGGAACAGUGGUGUUCUUGUGCACAUGGGAUGGUCAGAUGCAGAACAGCUCUUAUGUGUACAGGAGAGUGGUGAUGUACUCAUAUAUGACAUGUUUGGUGCGUACCAAAAAACAUUUAGUAUGGGACAAGAAGUAAGAGAUACAAAGGUGUGUAAGGCUCAAUUGUUCCCAAACCCACAUGGAAUUGGUCUUGCGAUCAUCACCACUACUAACAGAAUGUUCUUGGUCAGCAAUGUAUCUGAUCCAAAAGUCCGAUCGUUGCCUGACCUACCAAGGCCAAAUCUUACAAUCAGUUGUUGGUGUGUGUUGAGUUCUGGUCAGCAUUCGUCUUCACAAAUAAGUAUUCUUAUAUGUCGAGAUAAAGAGGUAUUUAAAUGCCAAUUAGGAGAAACAAGAGCUAUUUUGAAUAUGAAGGCAGAGUUCAGAAAUCCCUAUACACAAGUAUUAUCUAUAGUGCCGUCUCAAAAUGGACGACAUGUUGCCUUAUUUACAGACUCUGGCUUUCUAUGGAUCGGUUCAGCCGAUUUCAAGAACAAAUAUUGCGAAAUUGAUACCGGAUUUAUUAAACAACCUAAAGAAUUAGUAUGGUGUGGUUCCCAAGCAAUAAUCGGACAUUGGGACGACACAAUGUGUAUAUACGGGUUCAACGCUCAGAAUAUCACAUACCCAUACGACGGACCAUUCCAUUUGAUUCAGGAAAUGGAUUGUGUGAGAGUGAUAUCGGAGUAUACUCAUGAACUGAUACAAAAGGUUCCAAUUGUGGUGGACAAGAUAUUUAGGAUCAAUAGUACGGCGCCCGGUUCAUAUUUGGUUGAGGCAUCUAAACAGUUUCAGAAACGCAGCCACCGUGCAGAUGAAUACAUACGACUGGUGAAACCAGAUUUAUCCAUUGCGGUACAAGAUUGCAUUGAUGCAGCGGCCUUUGAAUUCGACACUGAUGUACAGAAAAUGCUUAUACGGGCAGCUCAGUUCGGGAAAGGUUUCCUUCUAGAACCAGCAUUGACGGAGCACUACGUCAAGACUUGCAGAUGGCUCCGGGUUCUCAAUGCAGUACGAGAUACAAGAGUUGCCAUACCGCUGACAUAUUUGCAAGUUCAAAAUCUUGGCGAGAGAGUUUUGCUAGAUCGACUAAUAUGGCGACGGUUGCAUUGUCUCGCGGGACACAUUGCUUCUUAUCUUCAAUUGAAAGACGGACAAACACGCGUGUUGUCACAUUGGGCGUGUUACAAGGUGACACAACCACAUUUGGACAACGAAAGUGCAGCAAGGGAAAUAGGUGAAAAAUUAAGAAAUAUACCUGGUAUUUCGUAUUCAACGAUUGCUAUGAAGGCCGCUGAAAAGGGACGAAAAGCUCUAGCUAUUAAAAUCUUAGAAUACGAAACUCAUAGUAAACUUCAAGUCCCCCUUCUUCUAUCGUUAGAAGAAGGAGUAAUAGCACUAUUGAAGGCUACAGCUAGCGGCGAUACGGAUUUGGUGUAUAUUGUCCUAUUGCAUCUUAAAGAGAAAAUGGGAAAACACGAAUUUGAGCUCACUAUCAGAAGCCUGCCCCUCGCUCAUGCGCUAUACAUAAAGUACUGUGCGGGUCACAAUCGCGAGGCAUUACGGCAAGUGUACGUCCAAGAAGAUGACUUUCACGGUCAAGCGAGCACACAUAUCCGUGACGCGAUAGACCAAACUAACCCUGGCAGUAUUGAGGCAUCGCUUAUUUCGGCCAGAGAGUGCUAUAAGAAGGGCAAGAAUGAUCUGGGCGCGUCAAUAUGCGAAGACGCCCGUAAGCUUUGCAAGCAGCAAUCGAGUCUACAGGAAACUUACGGAACCAGCUUCGUCGGUCUCUCCUUACAUGACACUGUUGGGAAGUUACUUAAGGAGGGGGAGGUCAAGUUAGCGGAAAAACUCCGCUCUGAAUACAAGAUGCCGGAUAGAAGAUAUUGGUGGCUCAGAAUAUUAACGAUGGCCGAAAAGGGCGAAUGGGACGACUUAGAGAAAUUCUCGAAGACCAAAAAAUCCCCAAUCGGCUACGAGCCCUUUGUUGACGCGUGUCUCUCGCGAGGGCAAAAGGACGAGGCAUUAAAAUACUUGCCUCGAUGUAGGGACGAUAUCAAAGUUAAAUACUACGUGAAGGCUGAGUUUUAUGAAGAAGCUGCCCAAGUAGCCUUUGAACAAAAAGACGAAAGCGCCCUCUUCUUUGUACAGAAUAAAUGUCCGCUUCGAGAAGCUACGAAACACGAGAAAAUAUCCGCGCUCUUAGAACAAUUGGCAGCUAGAAAAUAA